AUGUCCAUAUUUGGAAGUCGUGGGUGCGGCGUCAAGAAAAUGAAUGAUUUCAGUCGUUUCACUGAACGGCCUCACUCACCUUUUUAUCAGUGCUGGAGAAAGGAGAUGAUUUGGUCGAUCUUUUGUUGUACUUUCUGCCUAUUGUUACAUGGUUCCCUAUCGGAGAGUUCGACUGCAAACGAUGGAGCAAAGUCACGACACGCUGUAGAUCCCUGUAUAAAGCACGGCAUCCUUGCCCAAGGUUGGAGAAAUGUUAACAAUGCGAGAGAUGUGGAUAAAAGAGGGAACACACACUGUGAUAAAGGCAAUGAUUUCCCCGGUUGGUACAGAUUCAGAGGCGGUGCUGGAAACAAAAUGCUAGAUAAGUGUCCGACAUCGCGAAAAAGAUGUGGGACUCACGCCCCGAUGUGGCUGACUGAAAGUCAUCCGACGGUCCAAGCGGGAGUGACCAGCAUCAAAGCCUGUGCAUAUUGGAUUAGCAAUUGUACUUGGUCAGACACUGUCAAGGUUAAGUUGUGUCUGGCAGGUUUCUACGUCUACUAUUUGCCAAAGGUUCCAGAAUGUUCUCUGGCGUACUGCGGUGAAUCACAUGAUUUGUGUCUUGACAACAACGGAGGUUGCGAGCGCAAGUGUAGCAUGGUCAACGAUACCGCAGUGUGCUCUUGUCCAAAGGGUUUCCGCCUUGCUAGUAAUAAGAAGACUUGCGGUGAGUUGGAACUUAACUUUGAUGUCGCUUACGUAGCAAUACAAGAUCGCCGUUUAUGA